GUAUUUAAAACAACGUCGCCGUUUAUUUAGUUCAGCAAUACCAACAAUGUUUCUACCAAUUUUGGCUUCACCUUAUAGUUUGACUGAGUCUAAUACUAACGUACCUGGGCCUUCGCAUCACAAUACCGGCCAAAGUUUAUCAUCAAAAACAGAAGUGCAUUCUGAAGUUAAUACAAUAAUUGAAGACCAGACUCUUGCGCCGUGCGGUCUACUAGAUGAUAGUCACAUUCUUAGGCCUUCCCAUGUUUAUGAAAGUCCCAGUUCAACAAUGAAUACCAAAGUAAUAGUAGACCCAGAAAUUGGUGAGCUCAGUCCACGAAAACGCAAAAUGAAACGACAAAUAGACCAUCUAAAUAUAUUCUCUAAAUAA